CAGAUCAUUGUAGGACUGUCCUGACGUCACACCUGGUGGCACGCUCUUUGUUCUGGCUUCCCUGAUUACCGACAGAGAAAGUUUAGGAUCAAAUUAACACAUUGUAAUAUGUGGGGAAAUUACCCAUCUGUUAAUGUAACAUUGAUAUUGGUCUCCAAACUAUAAUAGUAUUGGUAGGCCUAAUGGUUGGAAUGCCAUGAUUUCCCAGGCAAUUGCUGGAUUCUGGUGGAAUACCAAUAUCUACUUUGGUGAAUGAUUUAUUUUUUUAAUGUGAGGCAGUGGUUGUGUGUGUGCAGCGUGUUACGAUCUGUCAACUGAUGGAGAGAUGCAGAGGAGGGGUGGAGACAGUGUGCCUUCCGUCCAUAAUGAUGCUCCAGAGCAUUUUUCCCUAUCGGAGGUUCUGACCUGGGUCUGCUGCCACCACAGGAGGGAAAGCUUUGAGCAUGGGUCUCCUCUUGUGCAGGCACUGCUGUGUAUGCUUAACGCUACUUACCGUAGCGGAUGUUUUAGGAGUUUAGAAUUGAUGAGUUGAUAAUAGAUCCCAUUUACAUAGCCUACAUGGAGUGUCUGACAGGAAACCUCAGGGUUGCACUACCUCAUUCUACUUCAUGUGAAAUUAUGUUUCCCUAUUGCCCAAUAGGAUUUCAAUUUCAUGACUUGUAUGUACUUUGAUUUCUCUGAAAUAAUCAGUUGGUUUUAUUCAUCAUUUGAUUCAUUAUUCUGUGGUAUUUGGGAUUUGACUCAAUGCACUGGACCAACAGACUUACCUUGUCCUCUUUCGCCGUUUAUUCCCAGCAGAACUCUGCAAACAGCAUGUGGAUGAUGUAACCGUUAAACCAAAUAACUAUUUUAAAUCCAAGAAUAAAUAUAUAUUUUUAAAGUGCCAUUACCCAAGUCUCCUAAAAAGUAAACCAGGACCAUCCUUUAGGACUCUGUAAAUGACUAAUAAAUAUGAAAUGGUCUGUUUGUUUUAGGGAAACAUGUCAUGAGGUGCUAGUACGAUUAGGGCAACAUGUCAGACACUUUUUCAUGUAUUAUUUUUUUCUCGAUGCUUUCAUUUAGUGGACUGGGUGGGUACAAAGAAGAGCAGGGAAAAGCCCUUUCUAAGAUCUUCACGUAACCCCCCCGGGUUACUACGCGUUGGCAAUAUCAAUGUAAUAAUGUGGCCCAGGGCUGUCUGGGACACCUGGGGUUAUCACAUUAGGCCGACAGCCCGGAGAGAGGAGCUGCUCCCUGCCUCAAGCCACUGAAGGCCCACUGUUCUCCCCCUCCACCCCAUCACCCCCCAGCUCCACCCUUAUCUAUGCCCUGUCCUACUAUAGGGGCUCACUACACAACAAGCUCAGUCCUCUCUGAAGGAAGCAGCCCAGUCAAAGGGGCUGAGAGCUGCACCAGAGAAAUCUAAUUAGACAGGAAUGCCAAUUUCGGUGCAGGCUUCCGAAGGUCAUCAUGUCAUUCGAGGUGAACCUGCGUCUUAUCCUGGUCAGUGGGAAGACACAAGACUUCAUCUUCUCCCCCAACGACUCGGCCAUGGACAUCGCCAAGCACGUCUUUGAUAACUGGCCCUUGGGAUGGGAGGAGGAGCAGGUGAGCAGCGCCAGCAUCCUACGCCUCAUCUUCCAGGGACGCUUCCUGCAUGGCAACGUCACCCUGGGAGCUUUAAAGCUGCCCCCUGGCCGAACAACUGUCAUGCACUUGGUUGCCAGAGAGACCCUGCCAGAGCCUAACUCCCAUGGUCAGCGUAACCGGGAGAAGACCGCGGAGAGCAACUGCUGUCUGCUCUUGUAAAGAUGACAACAAACAACAAUCCUCCCCUUAACCCUCCCCCACGUUCACCCCUGCUCGGCUUCUGUCUGCCCGUCAACCAUGGAUUUGGAGAGAUCACAGGGAGAUGGGUCACAGAGCUGUCAGCCUGCUGUCUGGCACAUGUUUGUGGCACUCUGACCCAAUCGGUGGCGUUGGAAUUAUUUGUAUUUUUUAUUUUAUUUUUUAUUUUUACCCAUUUAUUCAGAUCAAUUUUCUUUUUUCACCCUUUUGACAGAUUCUGCCUUUUUUCUUCUGUGUUGUAAAACCAUGUUAAGAAUUUGUACAUAUAAUCUCCGUGGUUACCCAGGAUGAGCUAGCUGGGUGGCCAUACAGGUUUUGAAGACCUUCCACAGAAAUACUGUCAAACUAUGACUUCGGAACAUUGACCCGUACUGUGGCGUUGGUCAUUUGCAUUGACUCCAAGUAUCUUUCUGCUAAUGAAAGGGAAGUUCCCAUGGCUCUUGUAGAACGGUGUUAAAACCUCUCAUUGCACUUAACUGGGUUGUUUAUUUGAAAGUGUUUCUUCUAGGUUUUUUUGUAUCGUCUUAAUCUUCCCAUCUUACAGAGGAAGAGAGAAUAAUGUCCUACUGUUAGACAAAGUGCCAUCCUCCUCACCCGAUGUAGACCGUGCACAGUACAGUAGUUGACUCCUACUAGCAGGGUGUGUGUAGUCUGCCAUAGCACCAGUGGAGUGGUGUGUAUCUCUGUGACAAGGGCCACACUUGUGUUUGUUGCUGGACUUGGACCAACAGAGGAAGAGUUCAAAGUUGUGCCACACACCUGUGUGUGUGUGUGGCAUUGUCACGUUUUUGAUCACCUCGACGGUGAAUGAUGAACUGGUCUAGCUAGAAGAAUCUAAACUAACUCCUACACGUUCUCCCCUUGGUUGUGAAGCCCUGCUUUAUCCCUUCUUUUUUAACUGAGUGAAAAGUAUUGAAGGAUUGCUUCUGCGUGACCAUUGUCAUUCUGUAUGGCUUCCACCUCUGAUCAACGUGACUAUUUAGACUACAUCCCGUCCCAUGGGACGGCCCCCUCGCCACUCCCCGUCCGACCUGAGUGAGGAAUAAGGGAAUCGACACCAGGAGCCAGUCAACAGAGAGGUGUUGGAGGGCUUCAUGGCCAGCUACAGAACAUUAGGGCUAGAGGCAUGAGGGAGCAAGUCCUUGGAGAGGGUUCCCCUCUGGAAAAUAGGAGGAAAUGAUGAUGAUGGUGGUAUUUGACCUCCUUUUUGUUUGGAUGCUGUCUGUUUUUGUUUGCCUUUUUGAUUGUGGAAUUAUUCAGUAAUAUCAUUAAUAUUGCAAUUGGAAAAUGUCAAUUUUUAUCUUCUAUUGAUAUUGUUUGUCCAGUUGCUGAUGUCUGACUCCUGUUAAUUGAAUGCUUUUUGUCCCAGGGGUUAGUGUGUGUGGGAAUUGCGUAUUAAUUUUACAUGACUGUUGUAUGUGUGAGUGGAUGGUUUGGGGAAAUGACUGAGUGUAUGGAGACAGUUUGUGUAUUUGAGUAAUGGGUGUGUGUUUGCGAAAACCUAAAAAUGGUGUGUUUUGUGUGUGAGCACUGGAGGUUAGUGAUGCAGGUGGUGGAGUAGGAGGAUAGAUUGGUCUUGGGUGGCUGUGGUUUCCAUGGAAACAGUGUGAAUCCUUCCUUUUAGUGAGUGUCCUUUGGUUAGUGUCCGUCAACCAAUGUCACUGCUAUGAAAUGUAGCUCAAUAUGAAUAAAUGUUUAAAAAAAAUAAUACUAAUGAAAUGUAGUCUGCUUAAAGCUUGUAUUAUAAAUUAAUAAAACAUCUUUAAAGAAA